AGUAAUAUGAAGCUUUUGAUGGUGUUUAAUCUACGUAGUGCUUGUCUCUCAAAAGAGGUAUAUCGCUUCGAAACUAGUUUUUUUUUUAAUGUAGUCAUUUAAUAAUGGUUUCCUCUAAGUUUAUGUAUCGUGUCUUGCAGUUUUCACGGACAGCAACAUGGAUUUGUUUGUCGAUCCGGAGAGGACAAAGCCUUUGUCGGCCCCCGUUUCAGGUGGCGUGGGACCCGACCACAUUUUAUCUGGAUGAAGCAUUGACCGUGCGAGUUAGCAUUGUCCCUGCAAAGACAGAGGCAGCUAAAGAAAAUAUAGUGGGGGAUUGUUUGGAGCCACAGCCCUCCACCUCCUCAUCCUACUCCCCGAACAUGUUCUUCACAAAGGAACAGACACUAUUCCUGAUUGAUCUUAUGCGGGACUAUACAGAUUUAAACGGUGAAGGUCCACCCAAGACCUUCCAGGAACUGAAUCACCGCAUGAGGGACGGCAAGAACAGGAAGAGGCAGAUGUGGACAGAAAUGGCCUCAAAACUGUCCAUGCAUUUUAAACAGCACUUCAGCCAUGAGAAGGUAUCCCGAAAGUGGCAUACAUUAGAAGAGGCGUAUAAACGGGUAAAGGACAAUAAUAGGAUGACUGGCCAAGGAAGAGUUAAGUUUCAGUUUUACGCCGAGAUGGACGACUUGCUGGGCAAACGUCACGAUGUGGACUUCCCAGUUGUCGGGACAGCUGGGGGAGUGGAGGUACGUAAUGCAGAAGUCCUGGGCAGCCAGACAGAGGCAUUAUGUACUCCACCCCCCAGCACACCAACAGGAAGGCUGCCACCGACCCAGCCACCAACCCAGCCACCAACCAAGCGAAGAAGGCAGGAAAAUGGCUUUGCCGCUGUUCUGGACUUCUUGAAAGACUCAGAGACAGCAAGCCAGAGGCGUCACGAGGACACGAUGCAGCUGCUUAGGUCCUCACAAGAGGAAUUUGUUUCAUUGAUGAAACUGCUCAUUGACCGGCAGCGGGUUGAUCACCCAUGAUCUACAGUCAUGGACUCCUUAUGUACAAAGUUGUUGUUUGCGCACUUUUUUAUUGAACACACUUAUUUUGCACAUUGUGGAAGCACAUUUGCAAAUGUAUAGCACUGUGAAAUUCAAAACUGUUGCACUACUUUUGUAAAACAAUAAAUGUUCUAUGUAAAAUC